GUGACCCAGUACUAUCAUGGCCGCAACUUCCACUGAGGACUGGCAGGAUCGCUACUAUGACAUCGACCAAAUCUUAAAUCAACCUGGUCCUCGAACGGAUCCUGAUUUCCUUGCAGGAGACGGCGUCAAAGACUUCCUUAGGAACAAGGUCAAAAUCCUCGUUAUUGGCGCCGGCGGUCUGGGAUGCGAGAUCCUCGCGAAUCUUGCUCUUACUGGGUUCAAGGACAUCCAUGUCAUCGACAUGGACACAAUCGACAUCAGCAAUCUCAAUCGGCAGUUCCUCUUCCGACCGAAGGACGUGGGCAAGUCUAAAGCCAAUGUAGCGGCCGAGUUCAUCAUGAAACGCGUACCUGGCGCCAAAGUAACCCCCUAUUUCGGCAAGAUUCAAGACAAGGACGACGAUUAUUACAUGCAGUUCAACCUCGUCAUCUGUGGUCUAGAUUCGGUGGAAGCCCGUCGCUGGAUGAGUGCCACUCUCGUCAAUUUGGUGGAUCCAGAAAACCCAGAAAGUCUGAAGCCGUUGAUUGAUGGUGGAACGGAAGGCUUCAAAGGCCAAGCCCGGGUUAUCCUUCCGACGGUCACCUCAUGUUACGAAUGUUCGCUAGACAUGCUCAAUAAACCGACUGCGUUCCCUAUUUGCACGAUCGCCAACACGCCUCGACUGCCAGAACACUGUAUAGAGUGGGCGUCCGUUCUGGAGUGGCCGCGCGUGCAGGGUGACAAGAAACUGGACAACGAUGAUCCCGAACAUAUCACUUGGUUGUAUACCAUCGCAUCUGCUCGUGCAAAAGAGUUCAAUAUCGAAGGGGUCACAUGGUCUUUGACCCAGGGCGUGGUGAAGAACAUCAUUCCAGCUAUCGCUUCGACAAAUGCCAUCAUCGCUGCGUCGUGCUGCAAUGAAGCUUUCAAGAUAGCUACAAGUUCGGCGGCCUAUCUCAACAACUACUUCAUGUUGAUCGGCACAGAUGGUGUCUACUCCUACACGUUUGAGCACGAGAAAAGAGACGAUUGUCCUGUCUGUGGAGGAGAGUCACUCGAGUUGACCAUCAAUUCGGACUUUACGGUCGAGCAGCUGAUUGAGCUGCUGGUGGAGAGACAAGACGUGCAAAUUAAGAAGCCUUCACUUUCUACACCGACCUCGCAGAUCUACUUCCAGGCGCCGCCGCAAUUAGAGGAGGCCACACGCCCCAAUCUAACCAAGAAAGUGAGCGAGAUCGUGGCACCAGGAGGGGAGGUCACGGUGACUUCGACCAGUUUGCCAUUCAGCCUCUCUCUGCGUAUGAACUACAGCUAGAUGUACAGCACAAUAAUAUUCUCUCAGCGAUAGAUGAUGACGACGCGUCCAAAGUCUCCGGGACCAGUGCCUCCUCCUACUGCCGCCAGCCACUGCUCCAGCAGCGGCCAGCCUGCUUCGUACUUGACACCCAGCUCAUCCGUGUGGUGAUCGCCAUCAAGCAACAAAGGCAGGUCUUUGGGGCAUUCCGCGCCACUUUCGCGGUCACGUGUUGGUAUCGUGAGUUUGCCCAAAAUGGGGGACGGCGGCGGGUUCGCUGGCAGAGCGCUGACCGACGGGCGCCGCGAUUCAGAUCUCCCUGCCGUGGGCGUUUUACCAGGGCUAGGAGGCGUUUUCGGCUCGAUCUCGCUUGGGAGUUGGGCCCACGCCAGCUUGGGACUGGAUCCCACCUUGUGCAAGUCCCGCGUGCGCACUUGCUCCAAGGACUUUUCGGCAGCGCUGGCUCGUCGGCUGCGGCCAGUUUGGGUCGCGAUCGGCGGGGGAGGGCGGGGCGUGAGAGUGGACGGAAUGUUCGAGUCUGGGCUAAGAGAUUGAUGCUGGCUGACCAAGAGACUUUGCGCAGGCGAAAGUUCGGUGGAAGUUGCCGUGUCCUCGUUUGCGGCCUGAGACACAUCCGAUGGUCGUGUGUCCGGCAGAAGGACUGGCCAGCGAUGAACCCGACGAAGGAAUCCCUGCAGGUCAGAGCUCAGAGAUGAAGACAUAUCUUGGUCGACAAUGCGCACUUUGAUCACACCAAAACUAGUGAAGCGUCGGGCAUCAAUCCCAAGCUUAUGUAUCUCGUAGAUUUGCAUCCACUGUGUGACGGUUUUUCCGGGUUUCAAUCUUGAGUAGAGAUGCAGUAACUUGGGCCAUUCAGGAAUGGAACUACCUGGCCUGGUAACAUAUGGACCACACUCGUCUUGGACAUCUUUCUCGACCGCCAGUGCUUCAAUGUUCUUACUAA